AUUGAAUUUCCAGUACCUAUAAUAUGACUCAGGUGACCGCUAAGGCCCUUUGACCUCUUGUUUAUGGUGUUGGCGGCAUCUCUGUCAAUAUUUACAAUAUAGAACAAAAGCAACACCAACUUAUAAGACUGAACAUGAACAUAUGGGGCAUUGCCUAAUAGGUUAUCAUACAAGAAUAUUUAUAAUACCUGUUUGCAUGAUAGAGCUACACGUAUCUCUUGUUAGAAAGAAGUUUCAUGGCAUCUCUCAUAUUUCAUGAACAGGAGUAUUGUGAUAUACAUACACUUUAUUGGGGCGUUAUUGGUCAUUUAUGGCCUCAUAAGAAGUUAACUUGAAUUUAUUUACCAAUUUCUUUUAUAAACAUCAGAUUGGUUAUUGGGGCUUUCUUUCCUGGUGCAGAUUUAUUCCAAUGCGUAUACUUAGUUGCCCAACCAUAGCAACGAAAUCGCGUUGCUACACAAAAAUAUGAUGUGUUUGGAUAGUUAGCAUGCAGAAAUGAAAACCUCCGCAUGUGACAAACAAAUUUAAAAUCCCCGAUGCGGCUGGAAAUGACCAUUAACGCCCCUAGUCCUUUCCGACUCUUCGGAUAUUUAUUUUUGUUACCUGUUCGUUGUCUUCCGACCGAGUAACCGGCUAACCGUUGACAACCCUAGUUUUAACCAUAUUGUGUGCAGAGCCUGCUUUUGCAGCGAUACAGGCCCUCGGGGCCUCUUGUUAGAAAUAAAAGAAAAUGUCCGUAUGAAGACGUCCGUGUGUUUCAGUGUAUGUUUCAUAAGUUUAUGUCUCGUUAUCCGGGAAUUUUAAUGAAGCUGAUACUUAAAAUAUUUUGAAUACUUUUAUUUUGAUGUGCCUGAAACAACGAAACCUGUUCAAGAUUCAGUUGAAAGCACAGACAGGUGACGUCAUACCUUGGAUCGUGGUCGCUGUUGUAUGUAUCGUUAUCACCAUCGCCCUUAUAUUUGCUGUUGUUUAUCUCUACCUACAAGUAGGAAAAUUCAAAGAACGUUUACGUGAGCGUGUAGAGUACCAGGGGAUUAACACCGGAUUCUCUAGAAGAGACGAGCAUGUGUACAGUACCACUGACAAUUACGAGAUACCACAAAGAUAGAUUUAACAGGAUAUUGACACUGGCCCAAGGCGAGGCUGUGUACAGCACCACUGAUAAUUACGAGAUACCACAAAUAUAGACUUAACAGGAUAAUGACACUUGCCCAUGGCGAGGAUGUGUACAGCACCACUGACAAUUACGAGAUACCACAAAUAUAGACUUAACAGGAUAUAAACACUGGCCCAAGGCGAGGAUGUGAACAGCACCACUGACAAUUACGAGAUAUCACAAAUUUAGUAUUAACAGGAUAUUGAUACUGGCCCUAGGCGAGGUGUGUACAGCACCACUGACAAUUACGAGAUAUCACAAAUAUAGUAUUAACAGAAUAUAAUCACUGGCCCAAGGCGAGGAUGUGUGCAGCACCACUGACAAUUACGAGAUACCACAAAUAUAGACUUAACAGGAUAUAAACACUGGCCCAAGGCGAGGAUGUGAACAGCACCACUGACAAUUACGAGAUAUCACAAAUUUAGUAUUAACAGGAUAUUGAUACUGGCCCUAGGCGAGGUGUGUACAGCACCACUGACAAUUACGAGAUAUCACAAAUAUAGUAUUAACAGAAUAUAAUCACUGGCCCAAGGCGAGGAUGUGUGCAGUACCACUGACAAUUACGAGAUACCACAAAUAUAGACUUAACAGGAUAUUGACACUGGCCCAAGGCGAGGAUGUGUACAGCACCACUGGCAAUUACGAGAUACCACAAAUAUAGACUUAACAGGAUAAAAAAAAUUGCUAGAGAUAUACCACUGGUCAAAGGAGAAGAGUUUUAUACUACUGGAGAAAACACGGUAGCCUAACACACGGCAUACCCUGUCUUCGGCACACAUACGCACAAGCACGCUUACACAAAACACAUGGAGGCACGUCGUAAAUAACCUUAGCUGUUAAUAGGACGUAAAACAAUAAAAAACCAAAACCAAUCUAACAUGAAAUAUGAUCUCUGUUUAUGGCAAAUAUGACCAAACCAGUUUUUCAUCAAUGGCAUAACUACAUGUACUGACUUCAACAGACAAAAAUACUAUCACAUCGAAGAAAUAUUUAGCACGUCGAUAAAAUCCAUGUUUGCCUAUUUUUUAUUUCGCCUUUCACAUUAACUAACUAUAUACAUGUAUUGUAUGGUGUGUACUAAUAUUUGCUGUCAGGAUAAAUUCGCCCUUAUUGUGGAGGGCGAAAAAGGCGAAAGUUAGAUUACGACAAAUGUUUCUCGAUACACAGUGAUACUUUACCACGUAACUCUUUGACGUAAAUAACACUUGUUUAUAGUUCAAAAUUAUAGUGACAAUAAACGACGUCAGUAAUGUAUUGCUGGAUAUAUAGUAUGUGAAUAGAGAACAAUGUUAGGAGUGUUACUAAAGCAACGCUAUUUACGCCUAGACAACAAAUGAACCGAAGACAAUAGAAGCAGACUUUGGAAUACUCGUGGUGCCAUGCCACUAAUUAAGUUCUAUAUAUAUCACGGGUCAUCUGACGUGAAUUUACAGCAUUUAACUAGUGUACACACAUGCAUAAAAGCUAACUCACAAGGUGUAUAAUAAUAGAACAUCUGACUACUGCAUACGCACAUAUACAUACACUGUUAUCGCUGGGUAACUUCCUGGUUGUCGGGAUAAUUGACACUUUCAAACUUAACGGUCAUGUUUACCUCAAUAGUCAUCCUAGCAGUCACAUUAUUCACAGUUUCUGGUCUGUCCAUCACCAUAACAGGAACAAGUACUUUGGUAACGCCGACAUCAGAACUUAGAAUCAUGUGUCAGCCAAGCUCAGUUGUUGGUAUCAGUGAUGUCAGUACUAUUAGUGUUCGAAAAAACACUAGCAGUACUUAUUAUACAUCAAUAGUGACUGUAACCUAUAAUAAAGCCAGUUCAUCAUCAGUAAUCAGCUGGGGUAACACAGCUUACCAGAACAGACAGGGUGUGUCAGCGACAGGAAAUGUGGAUAGUGUCGGUGGUGCUCGGCUUGUGUUAACGAUCUCCACAAACAACACACGAUGUGAGGAUGGAGGAGCCUACAAGUGUAAUAUGGGAGUAAUUCUGACAGCAGGUGGUGGUGUCGUGGUUUCUGCUGCUAAAUAUAUUACUGCUACAGUUCUGCCGACCUACACCAACGCCCUGUAUGUUACGCCAUCUCCCAAUGUGAAUGGUCAGUAUUACUCUGUGGGUACCACACUAACGUUCAGCUGUUCCGGUACUGUAGGCAGUGACAAGAAGAUCCACACGUGGUGUUACAAACAAGCAGGCAGCAAUACCGGAUUUACGGAUUACCCUACUGCAGCGGACAUUAAUCAGAAUGAAAAUGGUUUGGUCCAGGACGGGUGUAACUACAGACGCAGCAGUACACUUACCUACAAUGUAACGGCAGCAGAUACAGAAACCUCAUAUAUGUGUGAACCAUUCACUGGCAGCUUGUGUGGUACAAGUGCAGCAGGCCUGAAAACCAACUUUACCAUCAGAAACUAUGUGCCUGUAACAACGAAAUAUGUUCAAGAUUCAGUUGAAAGCACAGGUGACGUCAUACCUUGGAUCGUUGUCGCUGUUGUAUUUAUCGUUAUCACCAUCGCCCUCAUUUUUGCUGUUGUUUAUCUCUGUCUACACGUAGGAAAAUACAAAGAACGUUUACGUGAACGUGUAGAGUACCAGGGGAUUAACACCGUAUUCUCUAGAAGAGAGGAGUAUGUGUACAGCCCCACUGACAAUUACGAGAUACCACAAAUAUAGACUUAACAGGAUAUUGACACUGGCCCAAGGCGAGGACGUGUACAGCACCACUGACAAUUACGAGAUACUACAAAUAUAGACUUAACAGGAUAUUGACACUGGCC